AUGCCCUCCACGCCUCCUCGGAUCGAGCUACCUCCUGAAGAGCCACCUCCUAGUGAGCCACCGCCUUCAUAUGAGGAGUCAAUUUCCCAGGAGAGUCUGGUUGAUCCGCCGGUUCUUCCACCGCGGAUAGCACCGUCGGGUGGGUCCCAGCCUGCGCGACCUCAUCUGCCUCCGCCUGGGCCUCCUCCCAGGCCAUCUCCCAAGCCCUCUUCACGGCCACCAAGCAUAUCGUCGAGUGGGUCGAGUCGACCGUCGAACAAUUCACUAGUCAAGCCAUCGAGCAAGCCACCUAGCAAACCGCCAACCAAGCCACCAGCCAAGCCACAAAAUAGGCCACCCAGCCGGCCGCCUAAUUCAAACCCGUACUUGAGGUAUCCGUCUGGGUAUCACUGUCCGAAGUGUAACAAUACUGGCGUUAAAUUGUCCUCAGGCCGGUCUUGCAAAGACUGUUACGAGCGCUUCGGAAGGCCCAACCGCAUCCAGCCUGCUCAGUCUGGAGUAUAUGCCUACGGGCCGGGUCCUGCCUACGGGCCGGGUCCUGGCUACGGUCCUGGUCCUGGCUACGGCCCUGGUCCUGGUUACGGCCCUGGUCCUGGUUACGGCCCUGGCCCUGGCUAUGGUCCCGGUCCCGGGUAUGGCCCUAGACCUAUUUAUCAGCCUCCAAGAGUGGUCCAGCCCGGCGACCCAGCAAUUGGUGGCGUUCUCUGCGGCAGAUGUCGUGGGUCGGGCCUGGUGUGGUCGUUUAUUUUCGAAGAACAAUGCCCAUUGUGUCGCGGAAUCGGCCGGUUGAUCAAUUAG